AUGGCACCAACCCCCUCACGCAUAUUGCCUGCCUAUACCGUCAUCCAAAUCGCCGUACCUACCUAUGCGGGCUCUUACUUGCUCUUCGACCAUUCCUACCCUAUUGCUGGCUCUGCGGAACAGGCACUGAAGCAGAUCGCUAAGAAAUUGAGCGUGACUAUCUGGCCGCAUCGUAGUGUCAUGUCACCGGUCCUCAUGCGGCAACUAUUUUUCAAGCUCGAAGUCUCGCUUGCCGAGGUGUCCUACCCUCGACAUGCGGACACCAGAGCAGAAUUACCGCACGAGGUCACUGUUACUCACAAGGUUAUGUCGGGGAAGCUGAACGACUCUUUCCGCAAUCCGAGCCUCCUCGGCGACCGGCGCCUCCUUCGAGAGUUUCCAGGCCUUGCGCACACGGCUGUUCAUCGUCAGACGAUUCUCUUCGACUACCGCAUCAACUACAAAAACAUCGCCUUUCUCGUAUUUGGAUGCCUCCUGGUUUCCUUCAUCGUUUCCAUCGCGGUUGGCAUAACAUCCAAGAAUUUGGGCUACGGGAUCGGUUGUGGCGGCGCCUUGUUCGGACUUACUAGCGGCGUGCAAGCACUUCUCUUCUGGGUUACGAAAUAA